AUGUUUUUUCUAACAGUUUUCAUCACUAUAACUAUCGCACUUCUUGUGAAAUGUACAUCUAAAUCUAACACUAAAAGAACUCCAAAAAACAAAAAACAUGAACAAAAAUCUAAAGAUAUUACUCAAUCUCAAAUGAAGAAGAAUAUUUCAAAAAAGAAGACGUCAUCUAAAAAAGGGAAACAACAUGCCAAAGGAAAAUCAAAACAAAAGGCUAAGAAAUCGACACUUCUUAAUAUAGAAAAAACAGCUACUGCAAAAACUCCGACUAAAGAUGAGAAACAAUCUCCAAAAGGUUCACCAGAAACAAAGAAAAAGGGAAAAAUGCCAAAGAAAUUGGUAGAGAGAAGUCAGAACAAAAUAAUAUCACCCAUUUUUUCGGAAGCACUUGUUGAUGAGAGAAAGGUACCGUAUACAAAGGUAUCAACUCCUAAGCCAGCAUCUGAGUACGUUGAUGAUGAAAAGAACGAAAUGAAGAAAACCGCCAAAACACAAUCAACGACUACUGUGCAAGAGAGUAAAGCGGAACCAACGAAACCAGCUAUUGCUGAAUCUUCUGCUCAUCGUCGUCGGAAUGCUUUGAAGCCAGGAGAAGUCAAUGAAAACAGUGACGAUACAAUUGAAGAUGCACCAUCAGUAAGGAAAAGAGAAGGACCCAGUUACGAAUCUGAUGGAACUUCAUUGAUGUCACCGAAUCCAGAAGGGAUGACCAUGAAGAAAUUGUCAAAGGAGAAAGGAGAGGAAGCAGCUAAAUAA